UAGACAAAAUGGCUGACGAUCGCAACUGGCGUUCGUAUGACUCAAACGAUGACGAUAGAUAUUCUAACCGUCAUAAUAGCGAUCGCCCCUACAGGCGUUCAAGAGACGAUAGAAGCAGCAGAUCAAGCCCAGAAGACGAUAGAUACGAAGAUGAAAGUCGAAGUUAUAGAAGAUCAAGAUCUCGGUCGGGAUCUCCCGAAGAAAGACGACGACGUCGAGCACGGAGAAGAGAAGAAAGAGAAAGUAGGAACGAUAGUGAUAGCAACGACAGACGGUACGAAGAUGGUACAUACGGUUAUAAUAGUAGGCGAGGGGCUUAUGAAUCUGAUUCAAGAAGUUCUAGGAGAGAUGAGGAGAGUCACUACAGUGGCAACGAAAGGAUCACUGGUCAUGAUUGGAGAUCAAAAUUGACAUCUAUUCGAGAUGCUCAUUUCAACAGAAGUAAAAAAGCACCUGUCAUGGCACAAAACCAGUUUAAAAACGAUGGCAGCUUUUUAGAAAUGUUCAAAAAGCAAAUGGCUGACAAAAGCACAACAUCAGUUACUCCUAACUCGCUGGUUCUAGCAUCUUCAUCAAUCCCAUAUAGUCCAGAUUUGUCAUUGCCACCACUAACAGCCACUCCCAUUGGGCUUGAAGAACCCCACACAUCAAGUAGUACUGAUCAGGACCUUGAUGGUGUGCCUAUGCCUACCCAUAAAUCUUUGCCAGUACCGGUUUCUGUGGGUAAACGCAGGCUUGCUAAACCCCUUAAGACUGGCAUUGUUCUCAAGAAACCACAGGAGCCCGCAGAGGAUGAAGCCAGCCAGGAAAAAUUGGAUGCCUGGGCCAGGUACUUGCAGGAGGUGCAGAAAUACAAAUCUGCCAACUGUAUGGAUGAAGACAACAGUAGACCCUUGGUUAAAUAAUAAUUGCUUACCUUUUAGUUUUGAGAACAUUACAGCUUUUAAACUUUACUGUGUAAUACUUCAAUGUGUAUGGGUAGCUUUGUUGUAACAUUGGUUAUAUUUAUAGUAUAGUAGAAUUUCAAAUGAAAGCACUAUUCAUUUGAAGGUUUUGCUUAGUACAAAAUUGAGGAAAAGUUCUAUGAAUUACCAGUAGUUAAUGCUUGUUGGUGUUAUUAGAAUUAGACAUGGGUAUUGCCGGGGUGGAAUAGAAGCAAAUAUUUAUCAAUCUGUCAAUUUUUUCUAAAUGAAAGUCCACCCAUAAGUGUGGGAACGUAGUGGGGGAGGUAAAACCAAGUAUUCUAUAGAUGCCAAAGUAUAGGAUAAAAAGAAGAGUUUUGAGCACUAAGGUAACCCAAAAUGCAAAUGUAGGAAAGUUAAAAAAAUAUUUUUGAAAAUUUUUUUAGGUGCUGGUACUGUUGUGUACGGCUAUAGUUAACAAAAAAUUGGUUACUUAUAAGAAGCUAGGCUCUUUGCACAUUUUACCUUUGCAUACAUUCUCUUAUUCUUUAAAAAGUCAAAUAGCUUUUAUUUUAUGGCUAACAAAUAGUAAGGAGGUUUAUAAAUGAUCUUCAUGGGUUCAUUACCUAGCUAACAACAUGCUUUAUAACUUCAUGGUUUCCCAUUUCAGUAUCAGAGAAAUGGUCACAUUUACAUUAAUAAACCACCAGUUUUAGGUAGUUAAUCAUUUCAUUUAGAGGAUGUGUUUAAGUUUUGAACCUCGUUGAAAGAAAAAAGAAAAUAUUUAUAAUUUAAAUUAUUAUACUUUUCAGGUCUCAAAAUGUUAGUGGCUUUUGUAUAUUCAUGGCCAUAAAGCUACAUUUAUGUUAGUAAUACAGAAGGCUACACAUUUCCAUUGUUACUUCCUGUACUUAGAUAAAGACCAUUUAAGUUUCCAGAGAAUUUGAAAUGGUGUGCUUGUUUGUUGUAACAGUUUGUCCACCCUUUGUCUUAAGCACUGUCCCCUGUGCCUGUUACCUUUAAAGGAGGAGAAAAGAGUUUAGUUUAUUUUUAAAUGCUCUAGAUGAGCAUAUAGACCUAGACAAGUGUUGGGGGCCUGUAUAUUUGUGUAAAUAAAGUUUCAAUGUAAUUGUGUCUACACCUCUCAACAACUGCAUGUAUUAAAAGCGAUGACAAGUU